UUGAAAAAAGAAAAAACAUGAAACUAGUUGUUAAAAAUGAAAAAAGAAAAAGUAAAAGAGAGAAAAAACAAGAAAAGAAAAAAGGAAAGGUGUGUGACUGGUUUUGAGUUCCGUUUUGACUCUGCAAAUUGAAGAACACAAAAGACAAGUAGAGUUAGAGUGAGUGAGUAAUGAUGGUUGAUCAAGAUGACUCUCAAAUUGCCCUAAACCAAAAACCUGUUCGAGUAUACGCCGAUGGAAUUUACGAUCUCUUUCACUUCGGUCAUGCACGUUCUCUUGAACAAGCCAAGAAAUCGUUUCCAAACACUUAUCUUCUUGUUGGAUGCUGCAAUGAUGAGACCACACACAAGUACAAGGGUAAAACUGUUAUGACUGAGCAAGAACGCUAUGAGUCUCUUCGCCACUGCAAGUGGGUCGAUGAAGUUAUUCCAGAUGUACCAUGGGUAAUCAACCAGGAGUUCAUUGACAAGCAUCAAAUUGAUUAUGUGGCACAUGAUUCUCUUCCUUAUGCGGAUACAAGUGGAGCUGGAAAGGAUGUCUAUGAAUUUGUAAAGGCUAUUGGAAAGUUUAAAGAAACAAAGCGGACUGAAGGAAUUUCUACGUCCGAUAUCAUAAUGAGAAUCAUCAAAGAUUAUAACCAGUAUGUAAUGCGUAAUUUGGAUCGUGGUUAUUCAAGAAAGGACCUAGGUGUUAGCUAUGUCAAGGAGAAAAGAUUGAGAAUGAACAUGGGGCUUAAAAAAUUGCACGAGAAAGUGAAGAAACAGCAAGAGAAGGUGGAAAAGAAGAUACAAACAGUAGGAAAAAUUGCUGGCAUGAACCGUACUGAAUGGGUUGAAAAUGCGGAUCGGUUAGUUGCUGGAUUUCUCGAGAUGUUUGAAGAAGGAUGCCACAAAAUGGGAACAGCAAUCAGAGACAGAAUUCAAGAACAACUGAAGGCACAGCAGCUAAAAUCUCUUCUUUAUGACGAGUGGGAUGAUGAUGGCGACGACGAAUUCUACGAAGAUGAAUCUGUCGAAUAUUACAGCGACUAAAGUGACAAAUAUGGUUGUUUAUUUCCAGAUUCUGAACCAUUCCCCUAAACUAUGUGUAAAAUAUGGAUGUCAUGUCAUACAUACAUGCAAAUAUGGUGUAGACAUUAUUUGGCUUUCUACAUAGUUUGAUAUCUAUUUCCUGUGAAAAAGAAAUUAAUUUAGUGGAUUUAUUUUAGUUGUCAAC